UCACAUUCCGAAUCACAAAUCAAAUCCCCUUCUUAAACCUCUCCUCAACUUCAUCCACUUGCUCCCCAAGGAACCUUAUUCCUUUUGAUUUCCAUCUUCGCUAAAAAAAAAUUUAUUUUUUCCUUUUUCAGCUUUAACUAGCGCUUUGAUUCUUCUGAAAACCAGGUAACAGGGCGAAAGCUUUCUUUUUCUUUUCUGGGUUUUUCCCACAGAGUUUCGAUGAUUAUGAAUGGGAUUUAGAGGAUUCGAGAGAAGGUUAGAGAUUUGAGGAUGAAGAUUCAGUGCAACGUCUGUGAGAUGGCUGAAGCCACCGUUCUGUGUUGUGCUGAUGAGGCGGCGCUGUGCUGGGCCUGUGAUGAGAAGAUUCAUGCGGCCAACAAGCUUGCAAGCAAGCACCAGAGAGUUCCUCUCUCUGGUUCUUCAUCUCAGAUGCCUAAAUGCGACAUCUGUCAGGAAGCUAGUGGAUAUAUCUUCUGUUUAGAGGAUCGGGCGUUACUUUGCAGGAAGUGUGAUGUUGCCAUACACACGGCAAAUACUUAUGUAACUGGUCACCAACGCUUUCUGCUUACUGGUGUGAAAGUGGCACUUGAGCCUACCGAUCCUGUUGCUUGUUCUUCCAUGGCUAAGUCACAUUCUCGAGAGAAGUCUACUGAAACUAAAGUUAGACCACCAUCUGAAAGGGAAUUCUCGAUGCCUUCUCCUACUGAACUCAGCAGAAGCCUGUCUGUACUAGGUGGAUCUGAGGACUUUAUGGCAAAUAGAACGUUGCUUACCGGAAGCGGGGAUUCUGGUUCUGGUGGCUUUUCACAGUGGCAAAUGGAUGAACUUAUUAGUCUUACCGGAUUCAAUCAGAACUAUGGGUAUAUGGACAACGGAUCAUCCAAGGCUGAUAGUGGAAAGCUUGGGGAUUCUGAUUCAUCACCAGUUUUGAGAGCUGCUGACAUUGAACUGGACGAUGACGAUGAAUGUUCGGGUCAGGUUCCAGAAGCUUCCUGGACUGUGCCUCAGAUUCCCUCUCCGCCUACAGCGUCAGGCUUAUACUGGCCAAGGAGUUACCAUAAUUCUAUGGAUGGUGCUGUUUUUGUUCCUGACAUCUGUUCUUCGGAAAAGGUUCAACAUUGCUCACGUAAUGGUACAUUUUCGAAACGAAGAAGACAGUUCUAGACGCAUGAGCUCUAGCAUUGUGACUUCGUUGCUAGCGUUGUGAACGAACCCCUGCUCGGUUUGUUGUGUGUUUAUAGGCUUUCAUUUACAAUUGAAUUAUAAUAAGUGGACACGACCAAAGUUAUCGCUUGAAAUAUAUACCUUGUAACGUAACCACUAUAGUUUAGGAUUUGUUACAUUGAUGUAGAAAUAAAACCUGUGCAUUAGUUGACCUAUUAGGUAUUUUUUUCAGAUUUAUUUCAAACAUCAUAUAAUAUGUUUCAAAUCACGUUGACCUACUUGAUUAUUUGUAGUUUUACAUAAAUUAUGAAGAAUCAAUGUUAUGUAUUGGCCAUUUUCAGGCUUGUACCC